GUUGCGUAGGUGGCGCCACCCCGCGGCAUUUUCCGCUCUCUUUGACGUUUUUCGUCAUUCGAACGUGUUUUUUUAAUUUUCCGGUUUCCAACAAGUGAAAACUUUGUAACCGAUUUCCACCCUAUUUGGGGUGCACUACCAACCCCAGCGAACCGCGCACCACAUUCCAUUUCCCGAACCUGCCCAAGCUUGCCGAUUUUUUCUGUUUCGGAAAAAAACAAUUAAAAUGUGGGACGAUUGGAACAAUGAUAGCCCCGUCCAGACGCAGGUUUUCACGAACAGUAGCGACUACUCUAACUGGCGCGACAAUUCGCAGCCGCGGCGUCCCCGAGACGAUAGACGGAACAACGGUUACAGAGGAGGCAAUCGCGGCGGCCCCCGACGUGGGGGCAACGAUGACGCGACUAUGAUUAAAGUGCCGUCAAAAUUUGUUGGGAAGAUUAUUGGAAGGGGCGGUUCGAAAGUCAAUGAUCUGCAAUUCGAAUCUGGGGCCAAAAUUAAUAUUACAAAAGAGACUGAAGGGGAUGAGACUUUUAUUAGGCUUUCGGGGACCAACGAUGCUGUCUCAAAGGCUGAAAGUUUGAUACGGGAGUUGACGAUUGAGAGAGACAGUUAUGUGAGGGAGGUGAAGGAGGAAGAGCCUCCGCCCCAGCUGGACGAACCCCAAGAAGAACCCAAAAUUGUUGACUGGAGGGCCGUUUUUGCCAAGUGUGACGAGUUGGAAGCUGAGAAGUGGGCCGCCUUACCCCCCAUCAAGAAGGAAUUCUAUUUCGAGCAUCCUGAAGUCACUGCCAUGACUGAAGACGAAGUUGAAGCCUUCCGUCUCGAAAGUAACAACAUCGUGGUGGAGCGAACUUUCAAAACUGAAAAUAGCAAACCAGUCCCGAAACCAGUUGUAACUUUUGAGCAUGCGUUUCACAAAUAUCCUGAAAUCCUGGAAGAAAUGAAAAAGGCAGGAUUUACCAGACCUUCGCCUAUCCAGAGCCAAGCUUGGCCGGUUUUACUGAGCGGAGAAGACUUGAUCGGGAUCGCUCAAACUGGAACCGGAAAAACCUUAGCUUUUCUGUUACCUGCAUUGAUUCACAUCGACGGUCAAAACAUCAAGAAGUCGGAGCGUGGGGGCCCUGCAGUCUUGGUCAUGGCUCCAACCCGAGAACUCGCCCUUCAGAUCGACAAAGAGGUCAAGAAAUACGAAUAUAAGGGGAUCACAGCGGUUUGCAUUUACGGGGGCGGUAACCGUCGCGAGCAAAUCAAAGUGCUUACUGACGGAGUCGACAUAGUGAUCGCUACGCCCGGCAGACUCAACGAUUUGGCCGAAGCCGGCCAUUUGGAGGUCAAAUAUGUCACAUACGUGGUCCUCGACGAGGCCGACCGUAUGUUAGACAUGGGUUUUGAGCCCCAAAUACGUAAGGUGAUGUAUAGUAUUAGACCCACGAGACAGACUGUGAUGACAAGUGCGACAUGGCCGCCAGGGGUUCGAAGACUGGCCCAGUCGUACAUGGUUGACCCCAUACAGAUUUAUGUGGGGACUUUGGAUCUGGCUGCCACUCAUACUGUAACCCAGAUCAUAGAAAUUAUCCCUGAUGACGACCAGGAGAAGUUUAGAACGUUUAUGAAUUUCGCCACAAAUCUGGACCCGUCUGAAAAAGUGAUUGCUUUCUGUGGGAAGAAGGCACGCGCUGAUGAGUUAUCGACGGAGUUGACUUUGGCAGGGCUCCAGUGUCAGACAAUCCACGGUGAUCGCGAUCAAAGCGAUCGAGAGCAAGCUCUACUUGAUAUUGCCGAUGGCACAGUUCAAAUACUCAUUGCGACAGAUGUCGCCUCACGAGGUUUAGACAUUGAUGAUAUCACUCAUGUCAUCAAUUACGAUUUUCCAAGGAACAUAGAAGAGUAUGUGCAUAGGGUUGGCAGGACUGGCCGUGCCGGAAAAUCCGGGAAGUCGAUUAGUUACUUCACGCGGGGCGAUUGGGCCCAAGCCAAGGAACUAAUUGCCAUUUUGGAAGAGGCACAGCAGUACGUCCCAGAGGAACUGUACAAAAUGGCAGAUCGCUACGCUUCCUGGAAGGAAAAGAAGGACGCUUCAAGGCCCCCCGGUCGCGGCCGUGGUGGGGGCAGGCGUUGGUAACUCGAUUAAGGAUCUUUUUUUUUCUCAUAGAAUUACUUGUAUUUUUGACAUUGACGUAUUAAAGUUUUGAUGAUGUCA